GAAGCUGGGAGCCUGGAGCCGGGAACCCAGCCGACCCAAAGCUGCCCUGUCGGCUGCACCCCCCCGCCCUGCCGUGCCAGGCAGCCAUGACGACGGCCAUCCUGGAGCACCUGAGCACCCUGUCGGUCAGCGGGCAGCAGCUGCGCCGCCUGCCCAAGAUCCUGGAGAAUGGGCUUCCCAAGAUGCCUUGCACCGUCCCCGAGACAGAUGUGCCCCAGCUGUUCCGGGAGCCUUACAUCCACACCGGCUACCGCCCCACGGGCCACAGGUGGCGCUACUACUUCCUCAGCCUCUUCCAGAAACACAACGAGGUGGUCAACGUCUGGACCCACUUGUUGGCGGCCCUGGCUGUCCUCUUGCGAUUCUGGGCCUUUGCCGAAGCCGAGGCCUUGCCCUGGGCCUCUGCCAGCACCCUGCCCCUGCUCAUCUACGUCCUGUCCUCCAUCACUUACCUCCUGUUCAGCGUGCUGGCCCACCUGCUGCAGUCCCAGUCGGAGCUCUCCCACUACACGUUCUACUUCGUGGACUACGUGGGGGUGAGCAUCUACCAAUACGGCAGCGCCCUGGUCCACUUCUUCUACACCUCCGACCAGGGCUGGUAUGAGCACUUCUGGCUCUUCUUCCUUCCAGCAGCUGCCUUCUGUGGCUGGUUGUCUUGCGCUGGCUGUUGUUACGCCAAGUAUCGUUAUCAGAAGCCUUACCCAAUCAUGAAGAAGAUAUGUCAGGUGGUGCCCUCAGGGCUGGCCUUCAUUCUGGACAUUAGCCCCGUGGCCCACCGAGUGGCCCUAUGCCACCUGGCUGGCUGCCAGGAGCAGGCCGCCUGGUACCACACCCUCCAGAUCCUCUUCUUCCUGGUCAGCGCCUACUUCUUCUCUUGCCCGGUUCCUGAGAAGUACUUCCCCGGUUCCUGUGACAUUGUGGGCCACGGGCAUCAGCUCUUCCAUGUAUUUCUGUCCAUUUGCACGCUUUCCCAGCUGGAGGCCAUCCUCCUGGACUACCAGGGGCGGCAGGAGAUCUUCCUGCAGCGCCACAGUCCCCUGUCUGUCUACGUGGCCUGUCUGUCCUUCUUCUUGUUGACCGCCUGCAGCACCACCACUGCAGCCCUCCUGAGGCGCAAAGUCAAGGCCAGACUGAUGAAGAAAGAGUCCUGAGGCUGGCAGGGUGGGCAAACUGUGGAGGCACCCCAUUGCGAUUUGGGGGAAAUGUGAUACAAACACAGGAGCUGACUUUUUGUUUUUAAGAGUUUUAAUGUGUAUUAAUGGCUUUUACAUUAAUACAUAUAUAUCCAAGGAUAUGCUAUGGCCAUGCCUUUGGGAAGCCAAAGGAUUCAAGAGUUAUGUUGUUAAUAAAAGGAGUGUUCCUUUUCCAUCUGGGUCAUAGCCUUUCAAGACACAGGAAAGGAAGGGACCUUGGCUAAGAUCAUGGGGCACUGAAUUAAGGACCAUAUUCAUGCCUGAAAAUUUAGUAAAAUUCUGACUAAUGCCUCCAGGGGCAAGUCCUGGAGCUGGAGGGGUGAUAAACUUGGACUGGAAAAUAAGGAGGUGGCUGGUCCACACCAUAUUGGACCAGCCAUCCUACUGUUGCUGGUCUUUGGUAAUUGAAUAAAUUGACCCAAGGACCCAUUUCCUUUGGGUUUCAGAUUGUCCAAGGUGGAGAAUUCAGACUCUUCAAGAUUCAGUGAAACCUUCAGACAAUGAAUUAUCCAGUUCAUCUGAUUUCUGAUCUCUCCUCUCUCACCCACUCUAACUCUGACCCUUUUCUCAGGAUGACAUCUCUCUGGCUAUUUCCUCUAAAGUGCUGAUCACUCCCUUCAGACCUUGGUAACAUACAGGACUGUGAAGUAGUUGCGUGGAUCCAUGUGGCUAUCCAGGAAGCUUAUUCUCAUAUAAUACUAAUGCAGACGGUACUAGAAAGUACAGUGCCAAGAGCCAUCAGGAGGCCCAGGCAAUAAGCUUGGAUACUGUUUGGUAUCCUAGGGCCCACUGUUGUAUACCCGUGGACUGGAGGAUUACUUGAGGUCUGUUACAGCUGCCUGACAGGCCAGAAGAUUUGGGGCUUGCUCCAGGGAGUCUUCUCCAGAUUUUGGCCAGCGUGUUCAAAAAGCCCCUGGUAGAAUGAAUUGGUUCUAAGGAUCCCUCUAGGGAUCUAAUUAUUUCAAGAGGAACCCAGGGUCCAGCCUUUUAAGUACAUGCCACACCACAAGGGACCCACAUAACUAGCCCAGUUCAGGGUCCUCAGACAGGCACUUAUCUCCACUGAGAGCUGAACCCUUAAAACAGUCAAGCCCCAGGACAGGAAGUGUGUGUGCGCUCUGUGGUUGGUCCCCGGAGGCUCCUUGGAGUAUGAAUGGUGAGUGGGGCACCCUGUAGCUAGAAUGUCCCAUUUCAGACAUCACUGCCCAGCAGCUUCUACGGGGUAAGUGGUACUUGCCAUUGAUGUGUUCUGGCCAUGCAGCCUCCAGAGGACCCACCUCGCUGUGGUCCAGUGAAAGAGGCUGCGUUGACAGAGGAGCCGCGGGAGGCUGCAUUUCCUAUCAGUAUAAGGUUCCCAUUUACCGAAAAGGGAAGUGGUUUGUUUUCACUCCACUUUGACAAACAUCUUCUAUUACUAGAUUAUCUUGUUGUCUUCAAAUCUUUGUUUUCUUUCUUUCCCUGAGAGAUGUUUGGGUUUGUGCCUUAUAAAUGGAAAUGUAUGAACACUCCUUAAUAUAUGGCCAUGUGAAAUUUGCGGUUUGGGGUUACUGGGAUUAGAAAGAAAGAAUGUGUUGCUUUUCAACCAGUGGAUGAAGGAUUGUUUAUCAAUCAAAAGACUCUUUCAACCUGCUUAUUUUUGGCAAAAAAGAAGAAGGGGAGGAUGAGAAAGAAAAAUAUUCAACCGAAGCUUUCCUAUAAUCUUUAUAUCAAGAAAAUGUAUGUUUUGUCAGCUUUGUAGUUUUCCUAGAUGGGUGCCUCUAUUAAUCCCCAAGUACAUGGACUUCUGUGCUACCCAAGUGUCUUACACAAGCUUCUGGUGUCUAGGCCAAAUCCACCACAAAUAAAGUUAGCAAACUGAAUCGGGUUGGACUAAGCAAGGGCAUGGGGGAGUUGUGCAAACACAUGACAAGUAGAGGGUCAGUUUAAAAUGGGGAAUAGAAAGUGCUUGAAAUGUUCAUUAGUAUGGAUUCAAAGACCAUGCUCUUUUAAAAGUUGGAAGGAAGAUGUAAGUCAAGCUCUUGAACGUAACUGGUGGUCAUGGUGGCUGAGAUCUUGAGGCCCAAGAUAAGUACAAGAUAGACCAAACUUGUAGAUAUUGCCAUCAAAUUCUUAGUUUAAUUUACACAAGUGUUGGUCCCUCAAGUGAUUGAAAUUUUUUUUUACGUUUUCACCACAGAUAUUUGAGAAGCCUUGAGGUAGGGGGUAGUAACAUGUAAACACAGGAAAUGCAGAUGUUUGUUCAUUAAUACUCAGACUUUUAAAGGAUUAAAUACUCUUUUAAAACAUCUUCAUUAAAAUGAGUGUAUGGUAAGGAACAGGCCUAGUUUGUUUAAAAGGAAUAAUUAUUUGAUAAAGGAGAUGAUUGUCUUCACCAGACCCCCUCAAAUAAUUGGCAUCUACUGGAAAUUCUGCUCAUUAUCUCUCUCUCGUUUUUUAAGCAAGUACUUUCAACCUAUUAAAAUGUAAAUGCCUCUGAAAAAAACUAAACUAUCAGUCCAUUUACAUACUAUGAAUAAAAAUUCUGAUGGAUUUAUAUCGGACCCUAGCCAGAGUAGGAUGAGGGGAUGGUAGGACGUACUAGACUGGGGACACAUUUGCCCAUUUCUCUGCUGCCUAGUACUUCCUGACCUAUAUAUUUAAUUAACAAGCUGAUGUUGAUACUCUUCCGGUGGUAGGCUUUCAUUUCGCACCUCGGCUGAAAGUACCUCAUUCCGGAACAUUCUCAAUCCUCUACUGGAAGCUUGAAAAACAGCAGGAGCUCAGGCCACGCGUUGAAGGUCCCACAUUCCUGCUUAUGUUGACCACCUUUUCACAAAUUGUACUGUAAGGUUUCACGAUUGCUGCGCUGUAGUUUCAAGUAGAUCCUCCAGAUGGCACUCACGUCUUACUCAGAGAGGGCCCAGCCAUUGCCCUCAAGGUCUCAGCCUGCAGAUAGUGUUGGACCCAGUGUUUUGCUUGAUUGCUUGGCAAGGUAACGUUCGAACUAUUUUCUGUUUAUUUAAAUCUACUUACAGAAAUGAUCAUUAAACUGAUUUUGUACAUGGA